AGGCGGUGCCCGGCGCCGGGCGCGCCCCCGCCGCGGCGCGCAGGAGGGCCGGCGGCGGAGGCGGAGGCGGCGCUCCGCAGAAGAGGCCCUCCCGGACGCCCUCCGGCCUGCCUGCCCCGAAGCGCGCGGCCACGGCCUACGCGUUCUUCGCGCUGGAGAGGAGGCCGGCGCUGCUGGAGCGCCGGCCCGAGCUCGCUGGGCGGCCGGUGGAGCAGCAGCGGCUGCUGAUCGAGGAGUGGAGGGCGCUCGGCGACGGAGGCCAGGCGCCCUACGUCGGGCUGGAGGCGCAGGACUUGUCGCGCUACAGCGCCGAGUUGGAGGCGCUCCGCGCUCGCGCCCUCGCCAAGCAGCAGGAGGCGGUGGUCGAAGGCGGCUGCUGAAGACGGCGAGCUUGCCAAGCUGGCGCCAGCCUGGCAUGCGGACUCCACGGCGGCUUGCGGCGGGAA